CGCAUGUUCCCCUCUAAGGGGCAUAAGGUCCUUAUCAUCAAUCAAUCGCAGUACAUCGCUGAGUCUCACAUCGAAAAUGGGAUCCUCUGCAGAGUACUCUUCGCUGCCCACGGCGUCUACUCAGCCUCAGAAGAAGGACAAGCAAUGGUAUCGACCACUGCUGGCCAUCACUGCCAUCUUCCUACUUGCCCGAUUCGGUUCGAUCCCCCAAAUCAUCUCCGAGUCGACCGAAAUCUUUGGACAUGGGCACAAACAUCACAAGGAUGCAGGUUCCUCUGGAUGUCAACAGGCAGAGCCUAUCUUGCCCAAGAGCCUUGACGUCUCCUCUCUUGUCGAAGGGCAGGAUGACCGAAUCAUUGAAUGGCUCGGAGGCUCGGUACGUAUCCCGACUGAGAUCUUCGAUGUCAUGGGAGAGGUCGGUGAGGACCCCCGAUGGGAUAUCUUCUACAAACAUGCAGAAUAUCUUGAGAAGGCAUACCCCUUAAUCCACCAGCACCUCAAGAGAACUCGAGUCAUGACCCAUGCCCUGAUCUACGAAUGGAUUGGCUCAGAUCCAGACCUAAAGCCAUUGCUUUUGACCGGACAUCAAGAUGUCGUCCCUGUCCUGAAUGCAACUCGAGGUCUGUGGAGUCACGAUCCCUUCGGCGGCGAGUACGAUGCCAAGAAUGGAAGGAUCUGGGGACGUGGUAGUGCCGAUGACAAGUCAGGAGUCAUCGGAAUGAUGUCCGCCAUCGAAUUGCUCCUUGAAUCUGGCAAAUUUACCCCUUCGCGAACUGUCGUUCUGGCGCUGGGCAUCGAUGAGGAGACUGGUGGAAAGGUGGGAGCUUACAACCUUGGGCUUUGGAUCGAAGCCAAAUACGGCAAAGACUCCAUGGCUAUGCUGGUCGACGAAGGCAACGGACUUCACGAGAUGUGGGGACAGCUUUAUGCCGCUCCUGCGGUCGCUGAGAAGGGCUAUCUCGAUGUGGAAAUUACCGUCCAAACAAAGGGAGGACACAGCUCAGUCCCUCCCGAGCACUCUGGUAUUGGCUACACCGCCGAGCUGGUCCGUGCUCUCGAGCGGAACCCUCACAAACCAAAACUCCUCGAGUCUAGUCCCCUUGUCUCUGGAAUGGUCUGCUACGCCAACACUGCGCCUGAGAUGCCUACAAAGCUUAAAAAGUCAGUGCGCAAGCUCGAGAAGUCGAUGAGCAAAAAGGGUGCCAAGGCGGACACCAAGGCUCUUAAGGAUGUCGAGGAAUGGUUCGUUAGUGGAAGCCUUGAAGACCACUCGCUUCCCAGAGGCCUUGGCAAGGCGAUGGUCAGUACUACCCAGGCUAUCGAUAUCAUCAACGGUGGACUCAAGAUCAAUGCUCUGCCCGAGGUCGUCACUACAGUUGUCAACCACCGAAUCAACAUCGCCUCCAGUGUUGAAGAAUUGCAGCAACACCUCAUCAAGACCUUGUCACCCGUCGCUGAGGAAUAUAAUCUGGCUCUCGAAGCUUUCGGCAAGGAUAUUGAGCUGAAAGGAUGCCCAUACAUGAUGGCGAACCCAAGCGGAAAGGUCAUCCUGGCAGAAGCUUUCAACUCUUCGCUCAACCCCGCUCCUAUUAGUCCUUUCACGACUGAGGAUGCUGCUUGGCGUUUGCUGGCCGGCACUAGUCGAGGGAUCUACUCCAGUCGACCUGGGGCAAAUUUGAACGAAGUCGAAGCUGCCAAGGAGCUCUACUUCUCCCCUUCCAUGUCUACAGGAAACACUGAUACCAAGCGAUACUGGAAUCUCACUCGAAACAUUUACAGGUUUGCUUACAGCCCUCCUGAUGAUCCAUCGUUCCCCACCAAUGCUCACACCGUCGACGAAUCAGUGUCUGCUAAAAGCUUCGUAGAAGAAGUGCGAUGGUUCGCGGCCUUGAUUGUCAACGUUGAUGAGAGCAGGGAAGUCUGAGGCAUUUGAAACAGUGCAGUCGAUUUGUUCGUAGUCAGUACUGUCUAUUAUACGCAGCGUUCAGAAUGAAAGGACAGUGGCAUGGAA